AUGUGGAGCCUUAUUAAGGAUGUGCGUGGGACGGUGCGUCAGGCAGUUGCCCCAAGGAAGGAGCGCUCUAAUGCGGAGCUGCGAAGCCACGAUGAACGACAACAGCCAUUAUCCUCAGGUCUCGCGGGGGUUGGCGACUUUCUCAGCGGCUGGUGGGACACAAUCAACAAAAAGACGAAGUCAUUCCUGCAGGAUACGCUGGGAACACCCGACAUCGACGCAUAUGAUGAACCUCUUCCACUUCUCUUGCGCCUCACUUAUGAGCAGCGUGAGGCAAUGCACGUUGACGAGAUUAUUCGCGAAAUUAGUGAGGCGGUGAGUGUGAUUGCUAUUCGAUCUGACACGGUCCAUAGAGAGGCCCGCUUUCUCUUGAGUCUUAGCUUGGAAGAGCAAAUAGCCCACACAAGCGACUUCAUCAACUGUUACGAUUGGUGGGAGAAGCUGGUUAAUAGACGACUGAGCUCAUGCCAAGAAAUCCUACGCAAUUGCCAAUGCCCGCCUGAAAGUGAGGAAUCCCACACCAUAUUUCUGCUCAACCAACGAAUCCACUCUAUAAGAGAGAAAUGCACACAAGACAUGGCGACAAUUGCUUCAAGAGGACGCAUAUUGCGUGACGAGAGAUAUGAUUUUCUUGAAAAAAUACCUUGCGGUGAUCAAACAAAACAAACAAAAUACAUGCGACACCAAAUAAAGAAAACAGGUAUCACUGAGGAAAGCAUCAGUAGGAUAAAUCAACAUGAUGAGUUUAACAAGGAGGAUAUACUUCGACAGUUAACAGAUAAAAGAAUCCAAAAAAAGGGUAACGAUCUCAGAAAAACAACGAACAGCACAAACACAAAAGAGGAAGCAAAUAUUUCGGUUAAGGAAGCAGAAGCACGUCGCCUGGCUGAGGAAGCAGAAGUACGUCGCCUGGCUGAGGAAGCAGAAGCACGCCGCCUGGCUGAGGAAGUAGAAGCACGCCGCCUGGCUGAGGAAGCAGAAGCACGCCGCCUGGCUGAGGAAGAAGCAGAAGCACGUCGCCUGGCUGAGGAAGCAGAAGCACGCCGCCUGGCUGAGGAAGCAGAAGCACGCCGCCUGGCUGAGGAAGAAGCAGAAGCACGUCGCCUGGCUGAAGAAGCAGAAGCACGUCGCCUGGCUGAGGAAGCAGAAGCACGCCGCCUGGCUGAGGAAGCAGCAGAAGCACGUCGCCUGGCUGAGGAAGCAGAAGCACGCCGCCUGGCUGAGGAAGCAGCAGAAGCACGUCGCCUGACUGAGGAAGCAGCAGAAGCACGUCGCCUGGCUGAGGAAGCAGAAGCACGCCGCCUGGCUGAGGAAGCAGAAGCACGCCGCCUGGCUGAGGAAGCAGCAGAAGCACGCCGCCUGGCUGAGGAAGCAGCAGAAGCACGUCGCCUGGCUGAGGAAGCAGCAGAAGCACGCCGCCUGGCUGAGGAAGAAGCAGAAGCACGCCGCCUGGCUGAGGAAGCAGCAGAAGCACGCCGCCUGGCUGAGGAAGAAGCAGAAGCACGUCGCCUGGCUGAAGAAGCAGAAGCACGUCGCCUGGCUGAGGAAGCAGAAGCACGCCGCCUGGCUGAGGAAGCAGAAGCACGCCGCCUGGCUGAGGAAGCAGAAGCACGCCGCCUGGCUGAGGAAGCAGCAGAAGCACGCCGCCUGGCUGAGGAAGCAGCAGAAGCACGUCGCCUGGCUGAGGAAGCAGCAGAAGCACGCCGCCUGGCUGAGGAAGAAGCAGAAGCACGCCGCCUGGCUGAGGAAGCAGAAGCACGUCGCCUGGCUGAGGAAGCAGCAGAAGCACGCCGCCUGGCUGAGGAAGCAGCAGAAGCACGCCGCCUGGCUGAGGAAGCAGCAGAAGCACGCCGCCUGGCUGAGGAAGAAGCAGAAGCACGUCGCCUGGCUGAAGAAGCAGAAGCACGUCGCCUGGCUGAGGAAGCAGAAGCACGCCGCCUGGCUGAGGAAGCAGCAGAAGCACGUCGCCUGGCUGAAGAAGCAGAAGCACGUCGCCUGGCUGAGGAAGCAGAAGCACGCCGCCUGGCUGAGGAAGCAGCAGAAGCACGUCGCCUGGCUGAGGAAGCAGAAGCACGCCGCCUGGCUGAGGAAGCAGCAGAAGCACGUCGCCUGACUGAGGAAGCAGCAGAAGCACGUCGCCUGGCUGAGGAAGCAGAAGCACGCCGCCUGGCUGAGGAAGCAGAAGCACGCCGCCUGGCUGAGGAAGCAGAAGCACGCCGCCUGGCUGAGGAAGCAGCAGAAGCACGCCGCCUGGCUGAGGAAGCAGCAGAAGCACGUCGCCUGGCUGAGGAAGCAGCAGAAGCACGCCGCCUGGCUGAGGAAGAAGCAGAAGCACGCCGCCUGGCUGAGGAAGCAGAAGCACGUCGCCUGGCUGAGGAAGCAGCAGAAGCACGCCGCCUGGCUGAGGAAGCAGCAGAAGCACGCCGCCUGGCUGAGGAAGCAGCAGAAGCACGCCGCCUGGCUGAGGAAGCAGAAGCACGUCGCCUGGCUGAGGAAGCAGCAGAAGCACGCCGCCUGGCUGAGGAAGCAGAAGCACGUCGCCUGGCUGAGGAAGCAGCAGAAGCACGCCGCCUGGCUGAGGAAGCAGCAGAAGCACGUCGCCUGGCUGAGGAAGCAGAAGCACGUCGCCUGGCUGAGGAAGCAGAAGCACGCCGCCUGGCUGAGGAAGCAGAAGCACGUCGCCUGGCUGAGGAAGCAGAAGCACGCCGCCUGGCUGAGGAAGCAGCAGAAGCACGCCGCCUGGCUGAGGAAGAAGCAGAAGCACGCCGCCUGGCUGAGGAAGAAGCAGAAGCACGCCGCCUGGCUGAGGAAGAAGCAGAAGCACGCCGCCUGGCUGAGGAAGCAGCAGAAGCACGCCGCCUGACUGAGGAAGAAGCAGAAGCACGUCGCCUGGCUGAGGAAGCAGCAGAAGCACGCCGCCUGGCUGAGGAAGCAGAAUCACGCCGCCUGGCUGAGGAAGCAGCAGAAGCACGCCGCCUGGCUGAGGAAGCAGCAGAAGCACGUCGCCUGGCUGAGGAAGCAGCAGAAGCACGCCGCCUGGCUGAGGAAGCAGCAGAAGCACGUCGCCUGGCUGAGGAAGCAGAAGCACGCCGCCUGGCUGAGGAAGCAGAAGGAAGCCGCCUGGCUGAGGAGAAAAAAGCUCACUUUCUCGCUGGUGCAGAAGACGUUAGUGGUGGGGAGGUCUAUGGGGUAAAUUUGACUUUUAUGAACUUUUUACUUUCGCCUGAAAAUUCGGAUUUUCUUGAGCGCGAGGAGAGUAUAAAAAGGAUGAGAAUUGUUCGUUUAGAGCAGGAUGACUAUUUGAUCUUGUUUCGAGGUUUAAUGCUUGCUUCUGCACAUUUUUCUGAUUUGAGGGAGGCGACGGAGCCUGUAAAGGCGGAAACUGACAGUGGCUGGAAUGAUGAUGAUUUUGAUGAAGACGAGAUGCAGUUUUCAAAUCCAUGCGGUGCAAAUUUAGCUGCAUCCAUGUCUGUGGGAAGGGUACAAAUGGAGGAGGCUGAUGACGAUGAAUGGGGAGAUUGGUGA